AUGAAGAGAGUUUUUCUCUUCUUUGUGUCCCUCGUGGGCGCUGCAGUCCUGGGUCCCCGGUCUGGAAUCCUUGACUGUCCUGGUUACCGCGCCGUUAAUGUUAAGGAACAUGAAUUCUCUCUGGAAGCUGACCUCACCAUCGCUGACGAUGCCUGCAAUUUUUACGGAACUGACAUUUUGGACCUCAAACUUGUGUUUGAAUAUCAGUCUGAUGACCGUCUCCACGUUAUGAUCUUUGAUCAGAAUGAGUAUGUUUACCAGGUUUCUGAGUCGGUCUUACCCCGCCCUUCUACCGAGGGUGUUCACAACAAGGAAUCUCCUACUCUUCGCUUCGACUACCAGCCUGAUCCCUUCGGCUUCAGGGUCAUGCGUGGUGAUGAGGUACUUUUUGAUACUACCGAAACCACUCUAGUGUUCGAGUCACAGUAUCUAAACCUCCGUACCUGGCUUCCCGAUGAACCAAAUCUCUACGGCUUGGGUGAGCACAUAGAUUCGCUGCGUAUGCCAACCACAAACUACACUCGUACUUUGUGGAGUCGUGAUGCUUAUGGAGUUCCUCCCAACACCAACCUGUACGGUAACCACCCGGUUUACGUGGACCAUCGGUUUACUGGGACCCACGGUGUCUUCUUCUUGAACUCCAACGGAAUGGAUAUCAAGAUUGAUAAAACCGAUGAUGGCCGCCAGUAUCUAGAAUACAACACUCUCGGUGGUGUUAUCGAUCUCUACUUCAUGGCAGGCCCGACUCCAAAGGAUGUCAGCAAGCAGUAUGCAGAGAUCGUUGGGUUGCCUGCUAUGCAGAGCUACUGGACAUUUGGAUUUCAUCAAUGUCGUUACGGUUAUCAAGAUGUCUUCGAGGUCGCUGAGGUUGUUCUCAAUUACAGUCGUGCUAAGAUCCCUCUGGAAACCAUGUGGACAGACAUCGACUAUAUGGAUGAGCGCAAAGUAUUCACGCUGGACGCCCUACGUUUCCCCAUCAAGAAGAUGCGUGAACUGGUUACCUACCUUCACAAGCACAAACAGCGAUAUAUCGUCAUGGUUGACCCCGCUGUCAGCCAGAGUAAUAAUGAUGCCUACAACCGAGGACAUGAUAGCCACAUCUUCAUGUACCAUGACAAUGGCGACAUUUACCGCGGAGCCGUCUGGCCUGGUGUGACUGUUUACCCGGAUUGGUUCAACCCAGAUACUCAGGAAUAUUGGAACAACGAGUUUGACCUCUUCUUUGACAAGAAGAAUGGUCUUGAUAUUGACGGGCUGUGGAUUGAUAUGAAUGAAGCCUCAAACUUCUGUGUUUAUCCGUGCUCUGAUCCCGUUGGCUUUGCUCAAAUGAAUGACUUGCCUCCCAGUCCACCGUCAGUUCGCCUUCCUCCUAGUCACCUGCCUGGAUUUCCCGAUGACUUCCAGCCAGAGAGCUCGUCUCAAAAGCGCUCGGAAGAUGUCAAGAAGGUUGGCUUGCCUAAUCGUGAUCUCAUCAACCCUGAGUAUCAGAUUGCCAACGCCGCUGGAUCUAUCAGUAACAAGACCAUAAAUACUGAUCUUCACCAUGCCGGCGACGGAUAUGCUGAGUAUGAUACUCACAACCUUUAUGGAUCAAUGAUGGGCUCUGCCUCCCGUGAAGCAAUGCUCGCACGUCGUCCCGAUGUGCGCCCCCUCGUCAUUACUCGAAGCACCUUUGCCGGUGCAGGUGCCCAUGUCGGUCACUGGCUCGGUGAUAAUAUCAGUCAAUGGGAUAAAUACCGCGGUUCGAUUGCUCAGAUACUGGCUUUUGCCUCGAUCUUUCAAAUUCCAAUGGUUGGUGCUGAUGUUUGCGGAUUUGGUAGUAACACCACUGAGGAGCUUUGUGCCCGCUGGGCUACCCUCGGUGCCUUCUACCCAUUCUACCGUAACCACAACGAAAUGGGUAGUAUCUCUCAGGAGUUCUACCGUUGGGAUGUGGUUGCAGAGGCUGCCCGCAAUGUCAUCAGUAUUCGCUACCGUUUGCUUGACUACAUUUACACAGCAUUCCAACGACAGACCACAACUGGAGAGCCGUUCCUCCAGCCCUUGUUCUACGUGUACCCCCAGGACUCAAACACGUUCGCGAAUCAGGCUCAGUUCUUCUACGGCGACUCCCUCCUUAUUUCACCCGUUCAAGAUGUCGGCGAGGAACAUGUCGAUGCCUACUUCCCCCAGGGUGUAUUCUACGACUGGCAUACGGGCAAGGCGAUCCGCAGCGACGGACAGAUUAUUCGUCUCAACAAUAUCGGCCUUACUGAUAUUCCUAUCCACAUCCGUGGCGGCAGCAUUAUUCCAGUCCGCUCUUCUAGUGCGCAGACUACAACUGAGCUCCGCACCCGCGGUUUCGAGAUUCUUGUCGCGCCCGAUAUCAACGGCGUUGCCUUUGGAACCUUGUACAUGGACGACGGCGACUCUUUGAAGCAGGACAGCACCACCAGUGUAGUCUUUGAUUACUCCAACGGCAAGCUCCACAUCCAUGGCAAAUUUGGUUACCAGGCCAAUGUGGUUAUCGAGGCUGUCACAUUGCUCGGACAACGGGAGGGAUCCGUCCGGCGUGAUUUGGAGUUCAACCCCGAGCGACAGACUGUGACUCAACUCACUAACAUUGAGUUGAACGGACCUGCCGAGGUUGAAUUCCUUUGA